AUGAAUUAUUCUACUUCACUAUUCAGCACAACGUCAAAACUUUGGCUUUCUAAGUGUAUACAGUCGGUGCGGUGGAAUUCUUCUGCCAAAUCUAGAUGGCUCGACCGACAACGAGUAGACUCAUUCACAAGAGAGGCAAAGAUUCUAGGGCUGCGAUCAAGGGCAGCUUUCAAGUUGCAGCAAAUUGAUGAUAAAGUUCAGCUGUUUCGGAAAAAUGCCAACCAAAAGGUACUAGACUUAGGGUACGCACCAGGUGCGUGGUCCCAAGUUGCAUUUGACAGAACUGGUCCCAAUGGUGUCAUAUUAGGAGUAGAUAUUCUGCCAUGCUUGCCUCCUCGUGGUGUCAAUUCAAUUCAAGCAAACAUUCUGGCUAAAAAAACUCACGAGCUGAUACGGUUGUUCUUCUCCAGACACUUUCAACUGUACCAAGAGGACCAAUUGCAUAAAGACCAUGGCUACUUUCAGCACAUGUUGGAAGAGGAACUUUUGCUUCUCAAAGAAAACAAUGCGCUCAAUAACUCUAAGACCAGCGUAGAUAGCACACCGAUUGACGUGAUUAUCAGUGACAUGUAUGAACCUUGGCCUCAAACUGACGGUUUUUGGAACAAUUUUACUAAUUCGGCUUAUGACAGGAUGGCUAAUACUUCCGGUAUUGCCGUAAAAGACCACUCGAUGUCUAUGGACCUUUGUGAUGCCGCGCUGGUCGCAGCCAUUGAUCUGCUUAAACCGGGUGGUUCAUUCGUUUGCAAGUUAUAUACAGGUGAAGAAGACAAAUUGCUGGAAAACAGACUGAAGCGGGUAUUCAAGGAUGUUCAGCGUUUUAAACCAUCGGCUUGCAGAAACGAAUCGAAAGAAAUAUACUUCAUCGGGCUGAAAAAGAAGAAAGGUGUCAACAAAUUCGAAGUUUUCCUAAGUUGA